CAAAGAUAUGAGGAUCUUCACAAAGCUCUCUGCACCACUCUGCCUCCUUUUUGUCUUCCUCUGUCUUAAAAUUGCCUUCUCAUCCUCUAUACAUGCUUCUUCCUUCUCAACAACGCAUCUCUGCUCUCAUGAGGAGGCUCUUGCUUUGUUGCAAUUCAAGACAUCCUUCUCCAUCAAUUACACUGUUCCGGUGAUUAACCGUUAGCUGAGAUGGUGAAGCAUUUGGUCUUUCUCUUACAGCAAGAUAAUUGUGAAAUUAGUAAUGAUCUUUAUAUGGAUGUGGCUUGUCCAAGCAACUCCUCUCAUGAAGAGUUAUGUGUUGGAGCUAUUCUGUCUUCCUUUGAAGUUUGAAUACCUCUUACCAAUGCAACUUUUUUUUUUUUUUUAUUCGUGUGGAACUUGUUUACCCGUAAUUAGUUUCUUAAUUUUAACCUGCAGUUCCAGGCAUUUGACUUUCAGACAACUUUGAGAAACGAACCAUUCUUGCAGCUUUUCCAUUCUCUAUAUGUAUAUGCUUUAACUGUGAGCUUGAGUUGGAAAAGGAAUCUAUUCGUAAGAGUUGAGCUAAGAAAGGAUGAUGCAGAUG